UUCUUACCUCACCACGCCCUGCAGCAAACUGAAGUACCUUGUCCUCGUCUAAACGCUCAGCAUCCUAUCCAAUAUCUUUUCUCGCCAGUAAAUCCUCACCCAAAAUGGCGUUCCUCGCGAAAUUUGUGGCUACAAAGUACGUUGGGGAUAAGCUGGAGGACAAUUUUGGGCCUGAAAACCCUAGGUAUGACAUAUUCGUCACAGAGGAUGGUCGUCGCAAGAAGCUUAAGAAGGAACUGCCCCCGGGCCUGAGCCCCCAAGAUGAGCGUGCCCUCAAGACGGUACAGCGUAAAGCUUACCGAUACGAGUGGUGGUUCGACUGCCACUGUUGUUGCGGUCUACAUGUCCAGUUUGGCACCGUGACCCUAUGGGGCCUUCUUCCGGUCGUGGGUGACAUCAUCUCCCUCUUCAACGCACUCACCCUCAUCCGGGCAGCAAGGAAGAUCCAAGGCGGCCUGCCAGCCCCGACCCUCGUGGCAAUGCUCCUUUGGGCCCUGGUCGACUUCGCCAUCAAGCUCAUCCCCAUCGUCGGCGACCUCCUCACGGCCAUCAUCAAGCCCAACACGCGCAACUGCAUGCGCGUCGAGGCCCUCCUGCGGCAGAGGGCAGCCAGGAGGGCGGGCGGCGCCGGCGCCGGCGCCAUCGUCACGGCCUCGGACAGGUCCGGAGCUCGCAGUGGGGUCACCGUCCGCGCGCCGCUGCUGGCCUCCUCGCAGCCCGGCGCCCAGAGCCGCAUGGUCGCCGCGCCGGGGUCUUCCGCCGCCGCGCCUUCGUACGGCACGGUGGCCGCCGGGGCUGGGGCUGCGCAGGCGCGUGGCGAGGACCGCAGGAGCACGCGCCACUUGUUGCCGUUCUGGAGGCGGAACGAUGACACUGAUAGUGAUUCCGAGGGCGAGGCAGCUCGGUAGGCUGCCCGGCGAGGCCUGUUUGCUGAGUCUUGGCCGGCUGCUUGGUAGCUCGUAGUGCCAUUGUGAAGGAGCUGGAUCGGAUCUUGCCCAAGCCGCACGGUGUACGAGAGCAACAAACGGUACGCAUGUGGCAAGGUAGGAGGGCGCGGAGUGGUGAGCCACAGAAGCAACAGCCAAGGAGUGAGGAGUGCAUGCCACGAUCAGGGGUGUGGUCCCAGCAUAGUUGUAAGCAUUUUAUAAGCGUCUCAAAUACCUUCUCGAACGACCGUGCAAGUAAUCCUUAGCACAUGUAAAUCACAAGCAAGGGCAUUGUCAACCGGGAAUCUGUGCAUGUGGAAGCGUGGAUCUAGCUUUGUC